GGCGGCUUCCUCUCCAUCAGCCCGGUGCAGCCCGAGGAGCUGCGGCGCGCGGCCCCCACGCGCGCUCCCCAAAAGCCGCCGGCGGAACGCCCGGCCCCGGCCGAGCCCAGCACGGGAGCCCCCAGAUGGCCGCGGCCGGUGAAGAGGCUGAGCCUGCCCCCCAGCAAGCCACAGCUGUCGGAGGAGCAGGCUGCCGUGCUGGGGCUCGUCCUGAAAGGCCAGAGCGUCUUCUUUACCGGGAGUGCAGGGACUGGGAAGUCCUACCUGCUGAAGCGCAUCCUGGGCUCACUGCCCCCUGCGGGGACCGUGGCCACUGCCAGCACAGGGGUGGCAGCCUGCCACAUUGGGGGCACCACCCUCCACGCCUUUGCGGGCAUUGGCUCGGGCCGGGCCCCCCUGGCGCAAUGCGUGGCUCUGGCCCAGCGGCCGGGUGUGCGGCAGGGAUGGUUGAACUGCCAGCGGCUGGUUAUUGACGAGAUCUCCAUGGUGGAGGCGGACCUGUUUGAUAAGCUGGAGGCCGUGGCCAGAGCUGUCCGGCAGCAAGAGAAGCCCUUCGGGGGGGUCCAGCUCAUCAUCUGUGGGGACUUCCUGCAGCUGCCCCCGGUCACCAAGGGCUCCCAGCCCCCUCGCUUCUGCUUCCAGGCCAAGAGCUGGAGGAGGUGUGUGCCUGUGACCCUGGAGCUGACUGAGGUGUGGAGGCAGGCAGACCCUGCCUUCGUCUCCCUGCUGCAGGCUGUGAGGCUGGGCAGGUGCUCGGAUGAGGUGACCCGGCAGCUCAGAGCCACAGCUGCCCACAAGGUGGGGCGAGACGGCGUUGUGGCCACGAGGCUCUGCACCCACCAGGACGACGUGGUGCUCACCAAUGAACGGCGGCUCCAGGAGCUGCCAGGGGAGGUGCACAGCUUCGAGGCUCUAGACAGCCACCCUGAGCUCGCUCGGGCUCUGGACGCCCAGUGUCCCGUGAGCCGGCUUCUGCAGCUAAAGCUGGGCGCGCAGGUGAUGCUGGUGAAGAACCUGGCGGUGUCUCGAGGCCUGGUGAACGGCGCCCGAGGGGUGGUGGUGGGGUUCGAAGCCGAGGGCAGAGGGCUGCCCCAAGUACGCUUCCUGUGCGGUGUCACCGAGGUCAUCCGCACGGACCGCUGGACGGUGCAGGCCACAGGGGGCCAGGUCCUCAGCCGGCAGCAGCUGCCCCUCCAGCUGGCCUGGGCACUGUCCAUCCACAAGAGCCAGGGCAUGUCUCUGGACUGCGUGGAGAUCUCCCUGGGCCGGGUGUUUGCCAGCGGCCAGGCCUAUGUGGCCCUCUCCCGGGCCCGCAGCCUGCAGGGCCUGCGGGUGUUGGACUUUGACCCUUUGGUGGUCCACUGUGACGCCCGGGUGCUGCGCUUCUAUGCCACCCUGCGGCGGAGCCUCGGUCUGGAGUCCCCAGACCACAAGGAGCCAGGCUCUGACCAGGAGAACACAGACUCCACCUGCUGAGUGUCCGCUGCAAAGGGAGACGAUGUGGGCGAGACCCAGCCACCUGCUCCCUCGGGAAUAACUUCAGGGGCUUCCCACCCACUUACGAGCUGGGCCCAUGUCUCCCCGUCCUGGGCUCAGAAGUCACCCUUUCUGUACCCACUGGGAAUGGGCCUGGGCGGGUACCUGGCACCAGAGGAAAAGCUGUGUGCAAGGACUGGAUGCAGGGCUGUGGGGUGCUGUGCGCCCCUCUCUGGGCUGCAGAGGGUAUAGGCUGCUUCGGGACUGGCAGCCUCCUGCUGGGGGCUAUGCUGGUGAGUUUUCUGCUGCUAUAACAAGAUACAAGAGGGCAUGGAAUGAUAUAAAGAAAAGAGGUUUAUGCAGUGCACCUUCUCAAGGGCCAAGAGCAUGGUGCCUGCACCUGCCUGGCUCUGCUGGGCCCGAGUGGCAUAUGGCAGCACACAGGGCAGGGACACGUGAGUGGGGUAACGGGGUGCAAGACAAGGGGCACAAGACAAACUGGCCAUCGUGGUGCACACUGCAGUCCCAGCACUUGGGAGGUUAAGGCAGGAGGACUGGGAGUCUAGUUAGUCCUAGCCUGCGCAACUUAAUGACUUAGUGAGACCCUAUCUCAAAACUGUAAAAAAGGAUGGGGACUGAGUUAUAGCUCAGUGCAAAAGCCCUGGGUUCAGUCCCCAGCACUCAGAAAUUAAGCAAGAGACACGGAGGUCUCAGGAGGCUGAGGCAGGAGAAUCACUGUUGAGUUCAAGGCCAGCCUGAACUGCAUAGCAAGGCCCUGUCUCAAAAAGACAAAAAAAAAGCGGCAGCGUGGGGGGGUGGGGGGAGGCGCCUGGCUCCGUUUUUAUAAGCAGUCCAGCGGAACCCUUCCACUCCUGGCAGACCCCAUGGCUUAAUUUUCCGCCAGUCUCCACCUUGCCACCUCAAACCGCUACACUGGGACCAAACUGCCGGCGUCUCCACCCGUAGGGGACAAACUAUCAAAACCAUAGGGAUCGGAAGAGAGAGGAACCCGGGUUCCAUUCGGGCGCGGCCCAGGGUAUCACAGCCCAGGGCUGACGCCUGAACAGAAGCUGCAAAACCUGCAGCAGCUGCUUUUUUGGGGGGCGCCGGUUGAGGGCGCUGAAAGGGAUGUUCUCAGGUUGUAUUUAUUUGAGACAAACCUGCGCACGCUAUGAGAACCCACCGCCCUUCCCCGCGCAUGCUCACAUCACGGCAAGAGCGCAGCCCUGGAAGCCAGGUGCUAUUCACGUGGUCACCUGAGGUUUAGGAAGCCGAGGUGGUUGAGGCUGGCGACUGACAAUCAAGUGAUGAGGGGAGUUGCCCUCAUCUGACAGACGUGGACACACCAGAGCUCCUCUCAGUUUGGGCCCUGUUGGGAUUCCAGCCUGGACAUUCUGAAGGGGCAUAAGUCAUCGACAGUCCACCGUCAGUUCAUCAAGAAGUAGGAUGGCUAUGAUCCCAGCGCCCUGGUGGCUGAGGCAGGAGGAUUACAAGUUUGGCCCUAGUUUGAGCAACUUAAUGAUACCCUGUCUUUAAAAAGGUAAAAAAAGAAAAACUGGUGGAGCAUGCCUAUAACACUAUUACUCAGGAAGCUGAGGCAGGAGGAUCCCUUCGAGUUUGAGGCCAGCCUGGGCCUCAAACUUCAUACAUAGUGAAAUCGUGUCUCAAAAAGUUUAUUUUGAGGCAAAAUCACCAAGUUGCCCAGACUGAGAUCAAAUAUGUGAUCCUCCUGCCUCGGCCUCCCAGAGCGCUGGGAUUACGAUGUGUGGGUGGGUCUUUAUGGUGAUCCUAGUCCCCUUACAGCACAGCCCUCCUCCGGGCCUGGCUGAGGGCGCUUGCCAUUAGGUGGCACACUCGGUCCCUCCUUCCACACAGUAGCCCGGGACACCCGGUGUGGCAGAGACAGGGCCCCGAGUUUUCUCACAGCUCUGCACUGGGGGUUCUUCAUGGAAAUGGCGGAAGCUGACCCAGGGUAAAGAAAGAAGAUAACUGCCAGCAGGAAAGAAGAUAACAGAGAAGCAGAACCCACGUGGAGACCAGGAAACCAGGCUGGGAGCAGAUCAGACCAGGGCUGGAAGUAGCAGUGGAGCUUGCGGCAGCCAUGCCACCAAGUCCUCUGCUUCCGCCUGGACACCGACCUUGCCACCUCUGUCCCUGCACAGUGCAGCAGCCACUGGCAAGAGGCUGGACGUGCCAUCAUGGUGCGGAGGGAGUGUGGAGGCUGAGGCAGGAGGAUCCCACCCUGUGUCAAAACAUUAAAAAGACUAGGGCUGUGGCUCUGUGCAAA